AUGCAAGAGGCGGUGAAGACAAUUGCUAGGGAAACUCGGAUAAGGGUUGGGGCAGACUCGGAGCGCUCUGGGCAGAUUUUUGAGGCACCUCAAAAAGGGUUGGGGCAGACUUGGAGCGCUCUGGGCAGACCUGUUGAGGCCAGUGAGGCACGGGGUAGGUUUGGGCUAGCCUUGGCCCCUACAAGCCUGGUUACUGUUCCCGCUGCCCGGUUACAGUUCAUGCCGCCCGUUACUGUUCAGGCCGCCCGUCACUGUCCAUGCCGCCCGUCACUGUUCCCGCCGCCCGGUUACAGUUCAGGCCGCCCGUCACUGUUCAGGCCGCCCGUCACUGUUCAGGCCGCCCGUCACUGUUCAGGCCGCCCGUCACUGUUCAUGCCGCCCGUCACUGGUCAUGCCGCCCAUCACUGGUCAUGCCGCCCGUCACUGGUCAUGCCGCCCGUCACUGAUCAUGCCGCCCGUCACUGUUCAUGCCGCCCGUCACUGCUCGUGCCGCCCGUCACUGCUCGUGCCGCCCGUCACUGCUCGUGCCGCCCGUCACUGCUCGUGCCGCCCGUCACUGCUCGUGCCGCCCGUCACUGCUCGUGCCGCCCGUCACUGCUCGUGCCGCCCGUUACUGCUCGUGCCGCCCGUCACUGCUCGUGCCGCCCGAUCAGUGCUCCUGCCGCCCGUCACUGCUCCUGCCGCCCCGUUACUGUUCAUGCCGCCCGAUUACCAUGCCAUGCCAUGUCCUCGUGCUCGUUUCCGCCCUUGCUCGUUUCCGCCCUUGCUCGUUUCUGCCGACAGUGA